AUGGCUUGGAAUUCACUCCGUACCCCUCAGAAGGUGCUGGACGUUCUGUGGAACAUUGAUGAGAUGGAAUCGGAGGGCGAGGGGUGCGCAGAGUCGGACGACGAUGAUGAAAUUGAGGACGCUUGUGAACUGAGUUGGAGUUUUGGACCUGAUUUGGAUUCAGAAUCAGAUUUUAAAGCCGAGUGUAAAGAGGACCCUUGGGAGGAGGCAGGAGAUGGGCCGGUGUGGGUUGAAGAAAGCGGUGGCAGCACUCGGGGUAAAGCGCGGAUGUUUCAGAAAAUGAGGACACCUUCAGGACCCACAAGUUACGCCAAGGACAACAUCACCAGCCCGAUGAGCAGCCUGAUGUGUUUGAUUGACGCAGAAAUGUGGGAGAUCAUUCUGAAACACACUCAAGCUGAAGCUGAUCGAAAUAAUGCUGAACAUUUCGAUCUGACAGCGGAUGAACUGAAAGCGUUCGUGGCUCUUAUUUAUCUGAGCAGCAUUACGGGUGGUAGGAGAAUGAAACUGAAUGACUACUGGUCUGAAGACUUUGGAAAUCUGAUUUUUGUAAAGACAAUGUCUUCAGACAGAUACAAAGAAAUUAUGAGAUACCUGCGCUUUGAUGAUAAAGCCACAAGAGCUUCCCGCAUCAAGACUGAUAAAUUUGCCAUGAUUUCGGAGAUAUUUGAUAAAUUUGUAAAGAACAGUAAGGCUUCUUACACAGCUGGUGAGAACAUCACUGUUGGGGAACAGAUGUUCCCGAGCAAGGUGUGCUGUCGUUUCACGCAGUACAUGACCAACAAACCGGACAAAUUCGGCAUUAAAUUCUGGAUGGCCGCAGAUGCUGAAACAAAAUACAUGUUAAACGCAAUUCCCUGUGUGGAGAAAGAUCACAGGAGGGCGCCAGAUCAACAGGUAUCGGACAACGUUGUGAUGCAACUGGUGGAGCCUUUCCUGGGCAAAGGAAGAAACAUUACCACAGAAAACUUCUUCACUUCGCUGGAUCUGGCAAACCAUCUCUUGGCGGAGAAAACCACCAUCGUUGGCAAAAUGAACGAAAGCAGGUGGGCGAUGCCUCCGUGCACGCGGACACAGUCUGAGCGAUUUUCCACCACCGUGCUCAAAUCUGGAAAAGUCACGCUCACUAUUUACCAGGCAAAACCCAAAGAAAACGUGUGCGUCCUGAGCACCAUGCACCAGACCGUCUCCUUCGACAAAACUGCAAACAAAGUGCCCGACAGUGUCUACCACUACAACAGCACUAAACUCGGCGUGAGCGCGCUGGAUCACAUGGUUCGUCAGUACACGAUAAAGGGUCACGCAGGUCGCUGGCCCGUGGCUGUGUUUUAUAACAUCCUACAACUGGCUGCCAUUAAUGCACACGUUCUGUACAGACAGUGCACGAAUGUUAAUACAAACAGAAGAAAAUUCAUCCUGGAGCUGGUGAAGGAAAUGUGUGAGAAGCACAGACUGGCACAGAGAUCCCGGGAAAUGGAAAGAAAGCGACUUUUACUCGACACUGACCCUGACCCUCUCUGCCGCCCCGCCAAAAGGAGACAGUGUCAAAUUGGCAGAUGUUCAGGGAACAAAACUUUCGGCAUCUGCGGGACAUGCAGGCGCAUUGUGUGCGGCAGAUGCUCCAAACCUGCACCAAAACUGUGCUGUGAAUGUCUCUGA